AUGACAAGGAAUCAAUUUUGCUCAGCUGCAUAUGGAAGACUCAUAGAAGAGGGAGUGUGUUUUUAUUAUGCUUUCGCCUGAAUGUAUCUGUGGAAUCUUUGGAGGAGGAUUACAAAAUUAUAUGUAAUUAAAAGCGCGUAUAACGGAUCUUUCAUUCAUCUCCUUUCCUUUAUGUCGGGGUUUGCCUCCUUCAUUGUGCCCAAUGAGAAGAAUUAAGCUAUCCGUCCAUUCAGCUUCACUCAAAAGGAUGGAGGAAAAAAACAGAGAGAGAUGAGAGCAGCAAAUCCCUUUUUUAUUCAUCUUGUAACGUUCAAUAAGUGAACAAUGUGUCGCCUAUCUGUCACCGAGGGGAUCAGUUCUACGGGACUGUCCCACGCGCUCAGUGCUCUGAUCAGAGCAUCACUAAGACACAGACUGUAGGAGCAGCAGCAGUGGCAUCCCAUCCCUUUUCUGUAACUUCUACACAUAGAGAACAACACUCGGACAAAUCUGAUCUCUCAAGAUUUUAGGAAGAAACAUUGACCCACACUAUCAGUCGCACUGGAAUGUGGAGUGAUAUAAUGCGGGUACUCGCGUUGCUUCUCGCAGUCAAAGCGGCAUGUGUUCUUCUGGUGUCCUCACUCAAUGGCACAGGGGCAGUGAACAACAGCGGCCGGUGGUGGGGCAUUGUGAAUGUGGCAUCCUCAGGCAAUCUCCUUACCAACUCCAAGAAUGUGCAGCUGGCACUGGACCCCAGCCUGGCAUUGCUAAGUCGUCGCCAGAGAAAAUUGAUUAGGCAAAACCCUGGCAUCUUGCAUGCCAUUGCAGCAGGCCUGCAUACAGCCAUCAAGGAAUGCAAAUGGCAGUUUCGUAACCGCAGAUGGAACUGUCCGACCACCCACAGCCCCAAUGUCUUUGGGAAAAUUGUCAACCGAGGUUGCCGUGAGACUGCGUUUGUGUUUGCCAUCACAAGUGCUGGUGUUACUCACGCUGUGGCUCGGUCCUGCUCUGAGGGGGCAAUUGAGUCCUGCACCUGCGACUACCGGCACCGAGGUCCUGGAGGGCCAGACUGGCACUGGGGUGGCUGUAGUGACAAUGUGGAAUUUGGCAGGAUAUUCGGACGAGAGUUUGUGGAUUCCAGUGAGAGGGGCAGAGAUCUACGGUAUCUGACCAACCUGCACAACAACGAGGCAGGAAGAAUGACAGUUGCAUCAGAGAUGCAACAAGAGUGCAAGUGUCAUGGGAUGUCUGGCUCUUGUGCUGUGCGAACCUGCUGGAUGAGACUGCCCAGCUUCCGUGUAGUGGGAGACUUUCUGAAGGACCACUUUGAUGGUGCAUCCCGAGUAGUGUAUGCCAACAAAGGCAGCAACCGGGCGUCUCAUCGGGCUGACCCCCGCCAUCUAGAGCCGGAGAAUCCAGCACAUAAGCUCCCAUCUGCUCGGGACCUGGUCUACUUUGAGAAGUCACCCAAUUUCUGCUCUUACAAUGGCAAAACAGGCACGCAUGGCACUUCAGGACGCACUUGCAAUAGUUCAUCUCCAGCGCUGGAUGGGUGUGAGCUGUUGUGCUGUGGAAGGGGGUACAAAACUCAGAUGGAGCAGGUCACAGAAAGAUGCCACUGUACAUUUCACUGGUGCUGUCAUGUGAGCUGCCUCAAUUGUACCCAUUCGCAGACUGUCCACCAGUGUCUAUGAUGGACAAGGAGAACAAACUGAAAAAAUUGAGGCAAAGGGAUGUAAUUGACUACAGGGUCCCAAACUGGGUAUUGAAAGGGUGUUAAGACUGAACACAAAUUGGUUGGUUGAAUUGGAAAUUAUAUUCAAUGUAUUAACUACUGAGAAAAGGUUUUAGGAGCUUUGUUUAUAAAAGACUGAAAAAAUAUAUUUGAACUGGUACUCCGAUGUAAUGUAAUGGGAUGAGAACCACUAUGCACUGUGCAAAACUAUGGGCAGGAAAUAGUGCCCAUGUAAACAAAAGCUGAAAUUUAAAGUGCAGCACCACCAGGCUUGAGGUUCUACUAUGUCUUCUCUCUUUUCUGAUACUUUGGGGAACAUAGAAGCGAGAAAGUAGUAACUGGACACAGUUUGACAGAUGUUCCUGUGGUGAGGGAACCACAAGCAUGCUCUCUCAUAAACCAGUGCAAAUGUCUAACAAGAGGGCGGUUCUUUAAAAUAUUUUAGCAUUUUGUUUUCUUUAGCUGCAGUCCUACUCGUCUCACAUAAAACUGUGUGAAGUGUUUCUCAAGGGAUGGGGCUUCCUUUUCCGAUUACUAUGUAGCGGAAUCCCGAACUCCGCUCAACCUCUCGUGACUCCAACCUGCCAUACUUCCCGUCAUUGCAUUAAGUCUUCUGCCAUAUUUAAAUAACAUUUAUUAUUAUGUGGUAUACCAUGUUAUUGUACUGAUGGAAAAGUUUUGGGAAGAGGAAAUUACAAUUGACCUGAAAUUGACUUUGAAGAUGAUUAAAUGUUUUGUUAGUGCAAUAGACACUAAUAACUACAGGAGGUAUAAUUUUACAUAACUCUCAAUAGGGAAUACUGAAGGCUUUGUUUACGCACAAGUACAAAAGAACAGGCUAUACAUUUAUAACAUAAAAGACAAACGUGUUUAAAGAUAAUCCUGUAAAAUCCCUACUACCUAUAGUUUACAGUGGACAAACAGUUCACAUUUAUUGUUUUUGAAAGAGCCACAUUUAUGGAAACUGUAUUUUGUACAUCAGCUAACAUAACCAAAAUGUUGUAAAUAUUAUACAUAGAUUUGAGCAUUAUAUUUAUGCUAAUGCGACUUGCAAUGUGAGAAAAGAUUUGAAUCUAAAAUUGGGCUGAAUACACUAUCAAAUGAAACAUUUUGUAAGAAACUUCAGCCAAUUGUGUGCUAACAGUCACAAAAUGAUGAAAAGGGGUUAUCAGAAUGGGGCCACAUACAUCACAGAGACAUGAUUCAUUUGUCAAAUGCCUGUUUUUAAUGCACUGAAUACCAUCUUUUAAUAUUGUGAAUGAGAAGUAUUUAUUAAUGUAUGAUGGCUUUGAUAGAAAAAUGCUGAUAAGAUGAAAUAUUUUAGUUCAGUUUAGAAAAAGGCUAUUUUCAUGUAGUGUAAUAGCACAAUAAAGUUUAUAUUUUCACUA